CCAUUGGAGAGGUGCGGUUGGAAGUUGGCCUGCCCAAGGAAAGCCUGACCCGAAGGCUGGUCCCUCUUUAAAGUAAACUAACGCUCACCCUUUGACUCUUGGUCAAGAGUCGUCCUGAGCUGACCGAGGCUGCCUUCAGCAGCAUUUGGAGUCUUGCAGAGGAAACCUCGGGACCAGCUGCCUCUAGGAACCAUGCCGACGGUGGAUGAUAUUCUAGAACAUAUAGGGGAAUUCCACCUUUUCCAGAAACAGACAUUUUUCCUCUUAGCUCUGCUCUCAGGUGCCUUCACUCCCAUCUACGUGGGCAUCGUCUUCCUGGGCUUCACCCCUAACCACCGCUGCUGGAGUCCUGGGGUGGCCGAGCUGAGCCGGCGAUGUGGCUGGAGCCUAGCAGAGGAGAUGAACUACACCGUGCCGGGCCUGGGCUCUGCGGACGAGGCCUCCUUCCUCAGCCAGUGCAUGCAGUAUGAGGUGGACUGGAACCAGAGCACCCUUGACUGCGUGGACCCACUGUCCAGCCUGGCUGCCAACAGGAGCCACUUGCCACUGAGCCCCUGCCGGCACGGCUGGGUGUACGACACUCCCGGCUCCUCCAUCGUCACUGAGUUUAACCUAGUGUGUGCUCACUCCUGGAUGCUGGACCUGUUUCAGUCGGUGGUGAACGUGGGGUUUUUCAUCGGUGCUGUAGGGAUUGGCUACCUAGCAGACAGGUUUGGCCGGAAGUUCUGCCUCUUGGUCACCAUCCUCAUCAACGCUACCUCCGGGGUUCUCAUGGCAGUUUCCCCCAACUAUGCCUGGAUGUUGGUGUUUCGCUUCCUCCAGGGACUGGUCAGCAAAGCGGGCUGGUUAAUCGGCUACAUCCUGAUUACAGAAUUCGUUGGCCUGGGCUAUCGCAGGACAGUGGGGAUUUGUUACCAAGUGGCCUUUACCGUUGGGCUCCUGAUACUGGCGGGCGUGGCCUAUGCCCUUCCCCACUGGCGAUGGCUGCAGUUCGCUGUGACUCUGCCCAACUUCUGCUUCCUGCUCUAUUUCUGGUGCAUACCCGAAUCUCCAAGAUGGCUGAUCUCCCAGAACAAGAAUGCAAAGGCCAUGAAGAUAAUUAAGCACAUUGCUAAGAAAAACGGAAAACCAAUGCCAGUGUCUUUUCAGAGCCUGAGAGCAGAUGAGGAUGCGGGCGAGAAGCUGAACCCUUCAUUCCUGGACUUGGUCAGAACCCCUCAGAUAAGGAAACAUACUUUGAUCUUGAUGUACAACUGGUUCACGAGCUCUGUUCUCUACCAGGGCCUCAUCAUGCACAUGGGCCUCGCGGGAGGCAACAUCUACCUGGAUUUCUUCUACUCUGCCCUGGUGGAAUUCCCAGCUGCCUUCCUCAUCAUCCUGACCAUAGACAGGGUUGGCCGUCGCUAUCCCUGGGCUGCGUCAAAUAUGGUGGCAGGAGCGGCCUGUCUGGCUUCGGUUUUUAUCCCUGAUGUGUUUGAGGACAAGCAACCAUGUGCAGAGUGGAUGACUGCUGGGUUUCCCCUCUCAGAUCUACAGUGGCUGAAAAUCACCAUUGCAUGCAUGGGUAGAAUGGGCAUCACCAUGGCCUACGAAAUGGUCUGCCUGGUCAACGCUGAGCUGUACCCCACAUACAUCAGGAAUCUUGGCGUCCUUGUCUGCUCGUCCAUGUGUGACAUUGGUGGCAUCAUCACACCUUUCCUGGUCUACCGGCUCACCGACAUCUGGCUGGAGUUCCCACUGGUAGUGUUCGCUGUAGUUGGCCUUGUUGCUGGGGGACUUGUGUUGUUGCUACCUGAGACCAAAGGGAAGGCUCUGCCUGAGACCAUUGAGGACGCCGAGAACAUGCAGAGGCCAAGAAAAAAGAAAGAGAAGAGAAUUUACCUCCAAGGCAAGAAAGCAGGUCUUCAGCUAAGCUAAAGAGAAAGAGUGUGGUCAGUGCUGGACCAGAGGCAGAGCUCUUCCCACACCACAAACCCACACCACCCAACUACACUUACCCUUGGACUUCACCAGCGGGGAGCCGUAGCCCUCACAGUUCAUUGCGCUCACGUUUCAGACUCUCCUACCAGCCAGGGUCCUCCACCUCACCCUCUCUCAGCAGUCCCAGGAAAAUGGCCAUUGCUUUACUGAAUUUGUUUUUUCACCUUUACAUUUCUUUAUCUGGUUUCUUUCUCCAUAUGACAUCAAACCAAAAUACCCAAGGGAGCUGUGGGUCAGGACAAGCAAAUAUUAAAAAAAAAAGAUCUGAAAAACAAUAAA